AUGCGGACCCGUUGCAUUGUGUGCCAUCUUGUAUUUUGCUGUGGCAGAUGCCGUUGGAAACACGAACAGAAUACACAUAAUCUCACUUAUGACUGUCCUAUUUGUCGAGGCAACAGGUUCCUUUGUAGGCCUCAAGAUUUGAAUGAAGAUUUUAUUCAACAUCUUAGUUCAGAACAUUUACCACUACAGUGCAAAAAGUGUAAGAAAUUUUUCAUAACUAUGGAAGAUUUAGUCGACAUAGAUAAAUGUUCAACUAUUUCUGAAUUACUAGAUCCUGUAAUAGAUAUCAAAAAAGAUAGCAAUGUAGAUGAGAAAUUCGAUUCCCUAUAUGAAAAAGCUAUUAAUGAUAAUUUUGAAGCAAUUGUAUCAGUUAAUAAUCUAACAAAGACAGCAGUUAUUACACCAAUCGUACGGAAAAAAUACUUAGUUGAUUAUGAAUCUAGUGAUACAGACUAUGAAGAUACUCAACAAGACCAAAGUGUAAUUACUCCUUGCCCGGAAAUAACUCAUAAAACUCCAAAAUUGAAAAGGCAACGAGCUGCUACGCCACAUGUUAACAAAUUUGUAAAUUUAAUAAGACAAAAUGUUGUCGAAGUAAACGAAGAUGCAAUAAACGAAGAUCUAUCAACAAAUAAUUAUUUACCGAUCAAUAAUAGAACAACGCCUGUAAGACAUGAUGAUGCUGGAAGCUUAGAAAAGGAAAUGACAACACCUCAUAUACCGCAUACGCUUAAAAUAGCGCAAACGGUAACAACAAGUACACCAACCCAUCCGGUGACACCUAACUGGUCAUUAUUCCCAGGCUCUGGUACAGACUCACCACUGUCAGAGAUCGAAACUACUGAGAGUCCAGCACAGAGUAUCGACCAAGAAGCAGAAGCAUCAAAACCUAAUAGUAAUACCGGUCCAAAAUUAAAGAGUAUUAUUGUGGUUGGUAGUCGCCUCAAACUUGGUAGCCAAGAUAGCACAGAGAAGCAAGUUACGUUCCAGGACAGCGCAAAUUCAAAUUCCAACGAAUCAUCUAUAAAGACAAAGAAAGUCAAAUUUGCAGACGACACUGUAUUCAACCAGGAGCCAAAAAUAAAGAGGGUAUUUAGGAAACCGAAGCGCAUGCUAACACCCGGCCCACAGAAACCGAGAUAUGUGUAUAACCCUCGCUUUCAAGCACUCAUAAACAGAUUUGAAAAUCAAGCUAUGACAUUAGCCAGAACUCCCGUAAACACUAAGGAUAAAGAGAAGGAUUUGGAAGAUACACCGCCUGCUGGAGAUCAUAAUAUUCCAGCUAGAGCAAUAAGUUUCAAAGACGAUAGCCCGAUCGUUGAAUCGGGAAGCCAAUCUAAAGAAUCAAAUGAAUUAUUCAAAACCUGCACCGACUCCCCUGCUCAGCCGAUCAACAACGCAAUAACAGCUUUAAGUGCAAAUAUUGCGGGAACGCUUCAAACCUGCCUCACGUCAGUGUUACGUUCUACGGAUGAAGAAACCGAGUUACAGUUUAAAUUUGUAAUCACAAAAAAGACGGUGAGCGUUAAAAGAAUUGCUGAAAAUGGUGAUUAUGAGAAAUUAACUGAAAUAAAUACAGAUCAACAGAACAAGGAAAAUAUUUGGUCAGCUGUCACUAAAGCCGUAAAAAAUAUGUUUUGGAGUAAUAAAGAUACACCUCAUAGAUCAAGUAUAGAAGAAAGGACUUUUAAUUCCACUUCAUCUUCAUCUUCAAAGCGGAAGGUCGAUGAUAUGUCAGAUUCAGACUUGAGCCCUUUAAACCACAAACGUCACAAAUAUGAAGGAAGAAUCAGAGGUCGACCGCCUUUACAUAGGAGCCGAUCUUAUGGUGUUUCAAGUUUAAGAACUUUUAAUUCUGCAGAACAACAGUCUCUUUUAAAAGAACUAUCUAUGAAUCAAGACGAUGCUAUGAAUUUAAGUUUU